CUUCAAACAGGCAUGGCUGCGAGUAGGGAGGACCUGAGGCGGCGGCGAGGGGCUGGUGGGGAGGCGGUCGCAGCCGCCUCAGCCCCCGGCGCGGAGGAAUCGCGCCUUCUCCCAGCUCCCUCCUCCCUGCGCCCUGGUACCUUUUGGCUGACGCGCCUGGCGCUCCUGCGCGCCACCGCCUUCAUUUACUUUGUAGCUUUUCUGGUAGCUAAGCAUCAAAACAAGGCCCUGAUUGGAGACCAGGGACUCCUCCCUUGCAAGUUGUACCUGGAGAGUGUCAAGCGCUAUUUCAAGGGGAAGAUAAACUUGGACGCCUUAAGCUAUGCCCCAACUUUAAUUUGGUUUUUGGAUUGGUCCAGCAUGGACAGUGUCCUGGAUGCCUUUGCUGUGGCUGGCUUGGGGAUCUCGACUUUUGUCCUGGUCACCGGCUGCGCCAACGUGAUCCUCAUGGCUUCCCUGUGGGCUCUCUACCUCUCCUUAAUUAACGUGGGACAGGUCUGGUAUUCCUUUGGUAAGUGAACAGGUAUUCCUUUUGCAGGUAUUCCUUUGGAUGGGAAUCUCAGCUUCUGGAGACAGGUUUUUUAGGAAUAUUCCUCUGCCCUCUCUGGACACUUUCCCAGUUGCCCAAACGAACCCCACCUUCCCGCAUAGUCAUCUGGGGCUAUCGAUGGCUUAUCUUCA